AGAGAGAGAGAGAGAAUGGAGAUCAAACUCUUAUCAAAUAGAGUGAAACAUGAAAUAGUACCAGAUAAUUACAUAUAUCCUGUCCACCAGAGACCAGGGAUUCAUGCAAGCGCAUGGAAACAGGUCCCAAUAAUCAAUCUCGCAGGAGACAAUCAAGCUGAUGUAUCAAACCAAAUCCUCAGUGCAGGAAAAGAUUUUGGGGUCUUUCGGGUAAUUAACCACGGAAUUCCACAACAACUGAUUGAUGACAUGUUGGCACUCGCCCAAGAAUUCUUCGAGAUGCCUGCUGAAGACAAAGCCCCCUACUUAUCUGAAGAUCCAACAAAAGAGCCCAGACUUUUUACGGGCCAUCGUCAAGGGAAUAUAACUCCUGUUUGUUGGAGAGAUUGCCUCUUUAUCCCUACCUACCCCGUGGGAAAAUACGAGCAUCUUUAUCCAGAAAAACCUAAUAAUUUAAAGGAGACGAUGGCCAAAUUCACACCAGAGGCCAGAGGUCUAGCAACAAGAAUAUUAAAGCUCAUCAGUGUAGGCUUAGGACUGGAAGAGGAUUAUUUGGCUGGAAACCGCAGCGGAGGCCCUAUGAAGAUGCUUUUCAACUACUAUCCUCCAUGUCCAGACCCAAGCUUAACGUUAGGUAUUCCUAGGCAUUGCGAUCCGGAUCUCGUGACCCUCCUCUUUCAAGCGAAGGUCAGCGGGCUCCAAGUCCUACAUGACGACCAAUGGGUCUCUGUCGAUCCUCUUCCGAGUGCCAUUGUCGUGAACUUUGGACACUUAUUUGAGGUUAUAUCUAAUGGAUUGCUAAAGGCUGUGGAGCAUAGAGUUGUAACUAACCGGAAUGUGGCAAGAACAACCGUCUCUGUGGGCAUCAGAUCAGCUGACGAUUGCGUCAUUGGUCCAGCUGACGCCCUUGCAAGCGACGAUAGUAACCCUCCCCUCUACAGAUCCUUCAUGUUUCCAGAAUUCGUGAAGGCCUAUACGAGCAAUACAACUUAUGAUAGAGAAAUCAAUAUGGAAGCCUUUAAGAUAAAAAACUAGAGAUCCACACAACCAUCCGUCAGAAGGAUCCAGCCAUGAUUUUCUGUGAUGUCUUCUGUCAAUCCAUGUUACUGUUAUUUUGUGCCGUUUCAUUAACGUUGUUUUGAGAAACAUGUUGAAUCUUAUCAACUGCUGGGCUUUGUGUUGAGCAAAU